GUGAAGAUCUCACUUAAACAAAUAAACCCUUCUUGAUUCAGCUAUUUCCUCUUCAAACAAUGGCAUUACAUCGAGGCCAUUCCCUUUUUCUCUUCUUGCUCAUCACUCUGUCUUCCAUAACGAACAAUGCAGAGGCACGCCAUCUCCUGGAGUCGCCCGUGCCUGAGGUUCCCAAGCCCAAAAUCCCAUCUAUACCGAAGCCAGAGCUACCUCCACUACCCAAGCCUGAGGUUCCAACUGUGCCAAAACCUGAGAUCCCGGCUGUCCCUAAGCCUGAGGUACCAACAUUGCCAAAACCCGAGGUCCCAACUUCACCUAAGCCUGAGGUUCCAGCAGUGCCGAAACCUGAGAUACCAACUUUGCCUAAGCCCGAGAUCCCGACUUUGCCUAAGCCUGAACUUCCAACACUACCCAAACCAGAGGUACCAACAUUGCCCAAGUCAACACUCGAAAAAGCUGAAACGCCAAAGCCUACUCUGCCUGAAAUACCAAAGCCUCAGCUGCCAGAGCUGCCAAAGCUCCCAGAAUUACCAAAACCUCAACUGCCAGAGCUACCAAAGCUGCCAGAAUUACCCAAACCUGAGCUUCCAGCUGUCCCUAAGCCCGAGGUUCCAACAUUGCCAAAACCCGAGGUCCCGACUUUGCCCAAGCCAGAGAUGCCAAAGUUGCCUGAACUUCCUAAGAUUCCAGAACUGCCUAAACCAACUUUGCCCGAAGGACCCAAAUCCCGUUGAUUUGCGUCGACAUAGGAACAUGACACCGGGAUGAAUCAAGUUUCAGAGAUUGACCUUAUUGUGGAGGGAUGUAUACUUCUAGAAUGAUCGACUUAUAUUGUCGUUGCUGUUUACUUUUCUUAUUGUUUUCCAAUUUGUCCUUCUACUGUAUGUAAGCUUGCUUGUAUGUUAUGGUUGUUUACAGUUUGUAAUUCUUUGUUAAUGUCAUUUAAUAUAUAUUCAUGAUUGAUUGAGGUUUUCAGUUAAA